GAGCAGCCGUGAAUCAUACCUCAAAGGGCAAGCACUUCGUCUGAAGGACCGAGGUGACUACGCUUCACUUCUGCAGAGGCAUACUAAUUGGGAUUGAGUUGAUUGGGUUUCAAUUGAGCUUGCUUCGCGAGGGUCUGCCAAGAUGCUUCCACAAUUGGGGCGAGGAGCUCUCACGGCGAGAACGGCUGGAAAAUACAUUCGUGGCAUUUCAUCCUCAUCCUCCCGUCUAUCAUCUCAUCAUGACGAACCAAAGCUCAAUAAAGUCUCUGCGGCCAUCACGCAACCGAAGUCCCAGGGAGCCUCCCAAGCUAUGCUCUACGCAACCGGCAUGACAGAAGACUCACUCAACAAGGCACAAGUGGGAAUCUCGUCAGUAUGGUACACUGGGAAUCCUUGCAAUAUGCAUCUCCUGGAUCUCAACCAUCGAGUGAAGGAGGGCGUUGAACGGGCAGGCUUGGUUGGAUACCAGUUUAAUACCAUCGGAGUCUCGGACGGCAUUUCUAUGGGCACAAAAGGAAUGAGAUAUUCUCUGCAAUCGAGAGAUUUGAUUGCAGAUUCCAUUGAGACUGUGAUGGGCGGUCAAUGGUACGAUGCCAAUAUCUCGAUUCCAGGAUGCGACAAGAAUAUGCCGGGUGUCAUGAUGGCGAUGGGCAGAGUCAAUCGCCCGAGCUUGAUGGUUUACGGUGGAUCGAUCAAGCCAGGAUGCUCUGUUACGCAAAACAAUGCCGACAUUGAUAUUGUUUCCGCGUUCCAAGCCUAUGGUCAAUUUAUUACGGGGGAGAUUUCCGAGGAGACGAGAUUUGACAUCAUCAGACAUGCGUGUCCUGGGGAAGGAGCUUGUGGUGGCAUGUACACGGCCAAUACGAUGGCCACUGCCAUAGAAGUAAUGGGCAUGUCUCUUCCUGGCUCUUCUUCGAAUCCUGCGGCCUCGAAGGCUAAGUACAUGGAAUGUCUUGCCGCAGGAGGAGCAAUCAGGAAACUGCUGGAGGAAGACAUCAAACCAAGCGAUAUCAUGACAAGAAAAGCCUUCGAGAACGCCAUGAUUGUCGUAAACAUCACUGGGGGCUCGACCAACGCUGUUCUACAUCUCAUCGCCAUCGCUGAUAGCGUCGGCAUCAAGCUCACCAUCGAAGAUUUCCAAGCUGUCUCCGAUCGUAUUCCCUUCAUCUCAGAUCUCAAGCCAUCUGGUAAAUAUGUCAUGUAUGAUCUUUAUAACAUCGGUGGCACACCUGCACUCCUCAAGUUCCUGCUCAAAGAAGGUAUCAUCGACGGCUCUGGCAUGACCGUCACUGGCAAGACCCUAGCCGAGAACCUUGAAAAUGUUCCCGAACUCCCAGCAGAUCAACAGAUUAUCCGUCCGCUAUCAAAUCCUAUCAAGAAGACCGGUCACAUCCAGAUCCUACGCGGUUCACUUGCACCAGGCGGAUCAGUAGGAAAGAUCACUGGAAAAGAAGGCUUGAGAUUCGUCGGCAAAGCAAAAUGCUACGAUGCUGAGGAUGACUUCAUCUCCGCCCUCGAACGCGGCGAGAUCAAGAAGGGCGAGAAGACCGUCGUCGUGAUCCGUUACGAAGGACCAAAAGGCGGACCUGGAAUGCCCGAGAUGCUGAAACCCUCAUCUGCAAUCAUGGGCGCUGGGCUCGGGCAGGACGUCGCUUUGAUAACCGAUGGUCGAUUCAGUGGUGGAAGCCACGGCUUCUUGAUCGGGCACAUUGUUCCUGAGGCUCAAGAAGGUGGCCCCAUUGGACUGGUGAGAGAUGGGGAUGAGGUUAUCAUCGAUGCGGAGAAGAGGGUGCUCGAUCUGAAUGUGCCUGAGGAGGAACUGGUGGAGCGCAGAAAGGAGUUUGUGCCUAAGCCGUUGAAGUAUAAGAAGGGCACAUUAGCGAAGUAUGCGAGGUUAGUGAGUGAUGCUAGCCAUGGGUGUAUUACGGACGGAGAGGUUGUGCCGGAAGCAUGAACCUCUUCAAAUAUUUCGGAAACACAAAUUUGGGGUGUAGAUAUGGACAAAAUUGAUGGUGAAUACCUAGGCAGGCGGUGAAUAAAAAGCUCUUCCUUCCCCCAUUCCCAAGCUUGCUUCAAAAGAAUUGUUGCACAUCGCAUCAAUGUUCCAGACUUUCUAGGACAAUG